AUCCGAAUUCCAAAUUCUCAGCCGUCCGUGACUGCACACGAGAGGAGCGUUGGCCCACUUUUGUGUGCCCGGUGACCCCAGGGCCAGUAUCCUCGAGGGCUAGGUGGUCCCACCUCUCUCUCUCUCUCUCCCUCUCUCUUCGCCUGCAAGAAAAUCAGCGCUUCCGUCUCUCUCCUGCCUUCAUUUCUCUCCAGUCUCUUCGGCGAAUAGCCCAGGCGAUGCAGGAAACGGAGUUGCACGAUUUGUCCGACGAUGCCGAUUACGCGGCCUCGCAACAGCAAGGCUCAGCGAGCAUAGCGCGGUGUGACAGUAGCAGGAGAAGCUCGUCGAGCGAGUCGGAUGGUGCCGAAGUAGUAUAUUUGAAAGAUAAUGUGACAAUUCACCCCACUCAAUUUGCAUCUGAGAGGAUUAGCGGGCGGCUAAAGUUAAUUAAGCAAGGCUCUUCUCUGUUUAUGACAUGGAUUCCCUACAAAGGUCAAAACUCAAAUGCAAGGCUGUCUGAGAAAGAUAGGAAUCUUUACACAAUAAGGGCAGUGCCAUUUACUGACGUGCGGUCCAUUCGUCGGCACACUCCUACACUGGGGUGGCAGUACAUAAUUGUGGUCUUAUCAUCAGGACUUGCAUUUCCUCCUCUUUACUUCUAUAAUGGGGGAGUUCGAGAGUUCCUUGCAAUAACAAAGCAGCAUGUUUUUCUUGUGAGGUCAGUGGAAGAUGCAAAUGUAUUUGUUGUGAAUGAUUUUCAAGAUCGUCUCCAGAGAACAUUAUCCUCUUUGGAGCUGCCUAGGGCUAUUUCUGUUGCAAAUGGGCACUCUACAACCAUUUCAGUUGGUGCCUCUGCUUCAAGUGAAAACAAAGGAAGGACAGAUGGGGAUGCUCAUGAUGGAAGUUCUGGCACUUCUCAGUACAUUGGGAGGCCAAGGCAAAAGGUUCAUGAUCCUGCUCGAGAUAUCUCUAUCCAAGUGUUGGAAAAAUUCUCCCUUGUAACCAAAUUUGCCAGGGAAACGACUUCACAACUCUUUGGUGAUAACCAUGGUGAUGCAUUUGGUAUCAAUGAGAGGAGAAACUACAAUCAGUCUGUCCUUGAUUAUCCUCACAAGGGACACAAUGAUGCUGAAAAACCUCCUGUUCCUGAUGAAAUUGCUGUAGCCCCAGAUCCUCUGGAGUUUGAUAAAUUAACACUAGUUUGGGGAAAACCACGGCAACCUCCCAUGGGAUCUGAAGAAUGGGCCACUUUCUUUGAUUUUGAAGGACGAGUUGUGGAUUCAAAAGCUUUGAGAAAGAGAAUAUUUUAUGGCGGAGUUGAGCACAGCCUGCGAAAAGAGGCGUGGACAUUCUUGUUGGAAUACCAUGCAUUUGAUUCAACAUAUGCAGAGAGGGAAGAUCUUGCAUCACUUAAAAAAAGAGAGUAUGGGACAAUAAAACACCAAUGGCAGAGCAUCUCCCCAGAACAGGCAAAAAGAUUUACAAAAUUCAGAGAGAGGAAAGGCCUUAUUGAGAAAGAUGUGGUAAGGACGGAUAGAUCGCUGUCAUUCUACGAUGGGGAUGACAAUCCUAAUGUGAAUCUUUUACGUGAUAUACUGUUGACAUAUUCCUUUUACAACUUUGAUCUCGGCUACUGUCAGGGCAUGAGUGAUCUUCUAUCCCCGAUAUUGUUUGUGAUGAAGGAUGAGUCAGAGUCGUUUUGGUGUUUUGUUGCACUAAUGGAACGCCUUGGACCAAAUUUCAAUCGUGACCAGAAUGGCAUGCACUCUCAACUUUUUGCAUUAUCAAAGUUGGUGGAAUUGUCAGACAGCCCAUUGCACAAUUAUUUUAAACAGAACGACUGCUUGAAUUACUUCUUUUGCUUUCGCUGGAUUCUCAUACAAUUCAAAAGGGAAUUUGAAUAUGAGAAGACAAUGCGGUUGUGGGAGGUGUUGUGGACACGUCAUUUAUCCGAGCACCUGCACCUCUAUGUAUGUGUUGCAGUCUUAAAACGAUACCGCAACAAGAUAAUGGGAGAACAGAUGGACUUUGACACGCUCUUGAAAUUCAUUAACGAGCUAAGUGGUCACAUUGACCUCGAUGCUACCCUCAGAGAUGCAGAGGCUCUGUGCAUAUGUGCAGGAGAGAAUGGUGCAGCUUGCAUUCCUCCUGGUACUCCCCCUUCCUUGCCUGUUGACAAUGGUUUAUUGUAUGCUCAACACGACGACGAUGUUUUAUGACCGCAACCCCCUUUCUUGGAAGUUCAUUGGCUCUAUAUUCUCAAACAUCAAGGGAGUCUUAUUCACUGCUUUUUGUAAUUACUUAAUUUCUCCUCCUCAUUGACUGCACAUAUAUAUAAUAAAAUUCGUAUUCUAUCUUAUUAUGAAAUGUUACUGGUCCUAUGUGGCCCAGCUGAAGAAUUAUUUGUUCAUAUUGAUAAAACAUGUUGGUGGUC